AAUCGAUGGCAGUUGAAAUCCAUUUUCUACGCUGAUUUGGUUGUCCGGUUAACUUCAAAUCUCCCUUCCUCUGUUUUCUGUUACCCGCCAUAUAAUUAACAAUGGUGAAGCCAUCCAAUAAACCCUAAUCUCUCCGCAAAUUCGAGUUGGGUAAUGAAGAUGGGCACCUUUACAUGGCCUUCAGAGCAAGAGUUCGAUAGAGUGAGAAAGGCUGUGGUUGCAACGUCAGGAUGUGAUGAGGGAGACGUUAGGGUGGCUGUAUCUCCCUAUAGAAUAUGUCCCUUAGGUGCUCACAUAGAUCACCAAGGUGGGACAGUGUCAGCUAUGACAAUUAACAGGGGAAUACUUUUGGGAUUUGUUCCUUCUGGUGAUUCUAAGGUUUUGUUGCAGUCUGCACAAUUUGCUGGAGAAGUGAGAUUUAGAAUUGAUGAGAUUAAAAGCCCAAGGUAUUUGGUUGACCUAAAAAACCAUGUAAAAAGUGAUGAAGAAUGUGGUUGGGGAAAUUAUGCAAGAGGUGCCUUGUAUGCACUUCAAGCAGGAGGGAAGCAUCUGCACCAGGGUAUAAUUGGAUAUAUUUGUGGUUCAGAAGGGCUUGACAGCUCAGGGCUCAGCUCUUCGGCUGCGGUUGGGAUCGCUUACUUAUUGGCUUUUGAAAGUGCAAACAACAUAAGUGUAUCACCAAUUGAUAAUAUUGAACUUGACAGGCUGAUUGAAAAUGGUUAUUUAGGUUUGAAGAAUGGUAUUCUGGACCAAUCAGCAAUCUUACUUUCCAAUUAUGGCUGCCUUACCUGCAUUAACUGCAAGACCAAAGAUUACACGCUCAUAAAACACCCACAAUGGCAUGGAGGUCAAGAAAUUAAGAGAUCUAAGCCAUUCAAAAUAUUACUGGCGUUUUCUGGCCUGAAGCAUGCUUUGACCAGCAAACCAGGAUAUAAUUCCAGAGUUGCAGAAUGCCGAGAAGCUGCAAGAAUUCUCCUAUCUUCAUCUGGAAAUGGAAGUCUUGAGCCUCUUCUUUGCAAUGUUCUACCAGAUGUAUAUGAGGCUUACAAGGGUGAAUUAGAAGCUAAUCUUGCUAGGAGAGCAGAGCACUAUUUUUCUGAAAAUAAUCGGGUGCUCGAAGGGCUUAAAGCAUGGGGUUCGGGCAAUUUAGAAGAUUUUGGGAAGCUGAUUUCUUCCUCGGGUCUAAGCUCCAUCAAGAACUAUGAGUGUGGAUGUGAGCCUUUGAUACAAUUAUAUAAGAUACUUCUUAGAGCACCGGGUGUAUUUGGGGCUCGAUUUAGUGGUGCUGGUUUCCGAGGAUGCUGCCUUGCUUUUGUUGCCCCAGAAUUAGCAGCCGAAGCUGCAUCAUAUGUGAGGAAAGAAUAUGAGAAGGUUCAACCUCAAUUGGCCUCACAGCUCAAUGGGGAUGCAGCUGUUUUGUUUUGUGAGGCAUGGGGGAGUGCUCACGUUGUUUAAUUAAAAUUUGUGACUUAUAUUUCGUUCUUCACCUUCAUUUGUUAUUGUUGUAUUCAUUCUUUCCCAUGAAAAAUAAGUUCUAUUGAUCAAAAAAUAAAAGUGCUUGGAAUUUUUACA